GUUAUUGCUUUGCUCGUUAUCCUAUCACCAUGGUCAUUGAUCUAAAUAAUUUGAUUCCUAACGAAUUAAUGCUUGUUUUUUCAGUCGCUUGCGUAGUUCUAGUCGCUGUUGGAAGUGCGUUGCUUCGCCGUUACAAGUAUUACCAACGAUGCGAAAAAGUACCCGGACCGCCUGCCCAGAUUCCGCUUUUCGGGAGCGCCACUGAAUUUUUUCUUCCACCUGAAAAAAUCUUGCCGCAUAUCAUGGAAUUAUACAAAAAAUAUAACAAGAAAUCACUCAUUCGAAUCUGGAUAGGGCCUCAACCCUGGUUUGCACUCGGAUCGGCGGAGAGUGCGGAGACGGUGCUUAGCAGUACUAAGCUUAUCGAUAAAGGCCCCGAGUAUGAUUAUAUCCGCCCAUGGCUAGCUACAGGCUUAUUGACAAGCACUGGCAGCAAGUGGCACCAACGGCGUAAAUUGCUGACACCGACAUUUCACUUCAAGAUUCUCGAGGACUUUGUCCACGUUUUUAACGAACAGAGUGCCAUACUCGUCGAAAGGCUGCACAAGAAAGUCAAUCAGGAUUUCGACGUAUUCCCGUUCAUCACGUUGUGCACACUGGAUGUGAUUUGCGAAACGGCCAUGGGUCUCCAUGUGAAUGCACAAAAUCAGAGUGAUUCUGAUUACGUCAAAGCUCUUUAUAACAUGAGCCACAUCAUCCAGUCGAGACAAACGCAACCUUGGCUCCAACCAGAUUGGCUCUUUCGGCUAUUUCCAUACGGAUUCGAACAGAAGAGAUGCUUGUCAAUUCUUCAUGGUUUCACUGAUCAGGUGAUUCGUGAGCGAAAAAUUAAACACAAACAACGUACUGCCCAGCAACAACAGAAGGUGGAGUCACCAGAUGGAGAAGAAUGUAUGCCAAAGAAAACCCGUUUAGCAUUGCUCGAUCUUUUAAUUGAAGCCUCUCAAAAUGGCAAAGUUCUCACCGACCUAGAUAUCCGCGAAGAAGUCGAUACCUUUAUGUUUGAAGGUCAUGACACAACUGCUGCCGCCAUCAACUGGUCUCUAUUUCUCAUAGGUAAUCAUCCUGAAGUUCAGGAGAAAGUGAAUGAGGAACUCGAUCGGGUGUUUGGCAAUUCUGAUCGUCCAGUAACAAUGGCCGAUUUAAGUGAACUGAAAUAUCUCGAAUGCUGCAUCAAAGAAGCCCUUCGGUUAUAUCCGAGCGUGCCAUUUUUUAGCCGGCUCGUCAAAGAAGACACCACCAUUUGUGGUUACGAUAUCCCAGCCGGGGCUUCGCUCGUAGCCAUGUCUUACGUCAUACAUCGAGAUCCUACCUAUUUCCCGGAUCCCGAACGUUUCCAACCUGAUCGCUUCUUCCCCGAAAACGCUCGUGGUCGGCAUCCUUAUGCAUACGUUCCGUUCAGCGCGGGACCACGCAACUGCAUCGGGCAAAAAUUUGCUAUGAUGGAAGAGAAAGUUAUUCUCGCGUCUGUGUUUCGUCGCUUUCAUGUUAAAGCCUUGGACAAACCAACUGACUUACCUGUCGUGACUGAACUGAUCCUACGACCGCUUGACGCGAUUCGAGUACGACUGACCAGACGUUGUUGACGUACUAAAUGACAGUUUUUCCCCGUAUAUUCAUAAACCACUCGAAAUUGGGUGCACAGGGGAACCACGUACCGCCGUCUCUCGGCAGUGGACCUUAAACCGUCGAAAUUCGCUGAAUUUUCCCACAG